AAAUAUUUACAAUGGACUUGUUAUAAUUUACAUGAUCAUCUAGGUCAACCUUACUUCAGAGUAAUAUCACGAAUAAAUGACGCAACUACUGCGUUCGAUAAGCCAGACAACAUCACAUACAUGAACACAUCAACAACACCACCUAUACGGGCUGAUAUAUUGAGACCAGAUAGCAACGCAAUUUUAAUUAGCAACUGCAUUCUAUUUUUGCUGGUACUUCUUGUAUGGAUCAUAUUAUACUUAAAACAUUGCAGGCAAAGAAAACAAGAUACGACUCUCAAGAAACGGACAUCAUCCACAAGACAGGAAGAAACAUUAUCAACCAGACAGGAACAAACUUCUUUAACCAACCAGUCACCAAGGACAUCAAAUUAUGAACAAAUAAGUGAAGUUAUCAUUUCACGUCCUUUCCAUAUUACAAAUGAAACGUAUAGUGACACAUGUGUUCCUGAAUGAAUCGACUGUUUAAUAGUUUGUACGUCUUGAAACUUAUGUAUGACAUGCAUUUACCACUUCAUCUUUUGAGAGAAAAAAUAUUUUUUAAAUUGUUAUCGGAUACGGAGAAUAUUAUGUUUACUUGACUUUUUUUCAAAAUGAGGGUUUCAUUAGCAGGAUAUGGAUUCAUACUGUUGAUAUUCCAAACCUGAUUUAUGUUGGUUGAUCGUUUAUCAUCUACAUUGACUGUUUUUAUGUAUGGUGUGGUUUAAUAGCAAUCAACCAUUUCGUUCUCAUACAUUUUGUGUACAUCCUCUGCUUUCAAGUACUCAGUUUUUAACGUUUAUGACGAAGGCAAAUCAAUGAAACGUAUUUUUGUUCAUGCAUGGGAAAUAUAUAUAAAAAAAAAGAACAACGUCUGGUUAACAAUGAAAUCACCAACAAAAUGUUGAGCGAUAAAUAUAUUACUGAAACUUUUUUCAUUUUUUUUUUGUUUUCUUAGUACAAUAAAAAAAAAAUAACCUGAGGACUUUAGUCAAUUUACAAUAAAUCUGUGAUUUUUUUUUUACUAUUUUGAGGAGAACAUCACACCAAUGAUUAUAUUGAUUAUCCAUAGUCAAACAAAUUAUAAAAUGGCAUUCGAAAGGACUUUCUCUCUCAUUGUAGUUCAACUAGCAAAUAUGCAAUUAUCUCAAUUACAGUUGAAUAUCAAUAAAGUUACAAGAAUGAUAUCACUGUAAUGUGUCUUCUUUUCACACUGAUAGGCCUUUCGAUUUGAAAAG